AAAAAGAAAAAGGACUUGCUCCACCAGAUCGAGUCUGAGUGGCUACUGCCCGCCUGCCCCUCACACUCCUCUCUGCUUACUCUCACUUUCUUUCUUUUGGGUUUUUUCAUUGGGGGUCUGCUCAAUCUACCGAUCUCGGUUACGUUCAAUUUUCGGUGAGCCUUCUCAAGAUUUUACGCGUUACUUUUUUUGUUAAUUAAUCACCUUUCUGUCGUGUGCCGGACUGUGUAAGAGAGAGAAAGGCGGAGAUCGAAUCGGGAGAAGUCUCGAGAGAUGGAGGUCCAACAUUUUAGCCACGAAGAGCAUCCCCUGAUCUUUGUGGAAGAGUUGGAAAAUGAUGGCGAGAAUGAAGUUGUUUGCACUGGGUGCGAUAAAUCGGUAAGCGGUCCCGCCUACAGAUGCUCUCAGUCCUGCACCUUCUUCCUCCACAAGUCAUGCGCAGAGUUACCCCUUGAGAUACAACACCCUGUACAUCCAAACCACAACCUUGUUCUCGUCGCGCCAGAAGAAGAGGACAGGACUUGUGAUGCCUGCCUUAGGCUUUGCAACAGAUGCUUUGCCUACCAGUGCCAUAGUUGCGAUUUUGACCUUGACAUAGAAUGUGCCUCAGCCAGUUGGCCAACUAAACGUGACGACUGUCACCAACAUGAAUUUGUUCCCAUCUUUCAAGAGAUCCAGUUCACUUGUAAACUCUGUGGUGAGGAUUGGAGCGGCGACGCCCAGGUAUGUCUCGUUUGUCGACACUUGGCUCACACUCUAUGUGCUUUGAAGCCACGUAGCAUUAAGCUUCGGGCAAAUCGUCACUUGGUCACUCUCAUCUAUUCCCUUGGUAAAGUGUUCAAAGAGCACGACCAUGAAUUCUGUAGCUGUAAUCUGUGCGGUAGAAAGGUCAACCUCAAGUAUGCGGGUUAUUAUUGUAAAAAAUGUGAUUUCGUAGCCCACUUGAAAUGCGCCCACGACAAUUCGAUUGCACCAAGUGACACCAGCAAAAUUAUGGCAGAUCGCCACUUUCUCACUCUCAUCUAUUCACUUGGUCAAGUGAUCAUGAAGGGGCACGACGACGUAUUAUGUAACCUCUGUUUUACAAAGCUCAACCUCAAGCGUGCGGGUUAUUAUUGUCACCAAUGUGAUUUCGUAGCCCACUUGGAAUGCGCCCGCAAAAAUUCGAUUGAACCAAUUGAUACCACAUACUCAAGUGACUCAAGCAUAGAAUCUGAUGUCAACGAGGAUAUCUACUUAGAAGAGGAUGAAGACCGUGAGGAGGUCAAACGUUUCUAUCACGAACAUAAGUUAAUCCUCAGCCGCAACGAAGUCGAGUUUGAUCAUCGUAAGCUCAUCUGUGAAGGUUGUAUGCAAUCAAUUUCCGCCCCAUUUUAUAGUUGUGAGCAAUGCGACUACUUUCUCCAUAGUACCUGCGCUAGACUACCCUUAAAGAAGCGACACCCAAUUCACCGACAUAAGCUUACCCUCUCUGCAACCUGGGAUUUUACUGGUGGCCUCAGUUCUUGUAAUGCUUGUCGUCGUUUAAGCCAUGGCUUCGCUUAUGUAUGCCACCACCUCAACUGUGACUACAACAUGGACAUCCGAUGUUGUUCAAUUCCGAAAAUCUUUAGACAUGAAGGUCACCGACACCCCCUCUCCUUUGCUAAAAGUUCUGCUGAAAUGUGCAAUGCUUGUGAUAGCUCGGAGAGAAGAUUAGGGACAAAUGGUGCAGUAUUUGUAUGCAAUGAAUGUGUAUUUGCGAUGGAUUUUGAAUGUGCAACACUCCCCCUCAAAGUUAAGUGUGAGUAUGACCCACAUCACCUCUCACUUACUUAUACAAUUGAAAAUGAUUCUGAAGAAUAUUAUUGUCUAAUUUGUGAAGAAGAAAGAAAUACAAAUCAUUGGUUCUAUUACUGUGUAGAAUGCAACUUUGCCGCUCACCCUCGAUGCGCAAUUGGACCGUAUCCCUACAUUAAGUAUGAAACGAAUUUUACUCAAGAAGAUGGUCAUCAACACCCUUUCAAUUUAUCCUGGAGAACUAAGAACUCUCAUCCAUGUGAUGCUUGUGGUAAAACUUUUGAAAAUGAAACUUUGGAGGGUGAAACUUCUGUGGGAGCUAUGGGCCUAAACUGUACACAAUGCAAAUCCAUUAUCCAUUGGGACUAUAAAUGUAUACGGAAAUUAGAAGAAAAACUUCUUAGCACUUAUUAG